UAAAAAUCAGUUUUACUCGAUUCAGUUUUGUUAAUUGUCAUCGGUUUUGAUUGAAUAAUUGUUUGUGCGCAUUAAUCAUGUUAUGGGGUGCAAGUCCAUGUUUAGAUCUAGGUAAUUAUGGAGUAGGUGAUGGCCAUAUAAAAAUAUUAAUCAUAAGUUCUGGGGAUACACGCCACUUACUGCAAACACUGGCCAAACGGUAUACACAUUCAUACUCAAAAAUCGACAUCUAUAUUUACGAACCAGUAGUUGAGAUGUACGCCAGAUACAUAUUGCAAAUAGCGUUGGCUCUUGAACCAAUCGAUCGUAUCAGCUUAUCAUAUAAAGUACGUACUUGGAUGGAACUUUAUGGUAAUACACUUGUCAAACCAAAUACCAACAAUUAUCUUAUUAAAAAAUCAGCUCAACUAAUUGAUAUUAUAACUGAUGAAUCAAUCAGACAAAAAUGUAUGCCUGUUGUUAAUUUUAAUGCUCUUAAAUACAAAGAUAAAGAUUUAAUUGAAAAUAUAUUUAAAUAUUGGAAAAACAAUAAUGGUUUCAACAUAUCUAAAAUGUGGAACAUGCGAUUACGAAACUAUUUGGGUACAAGGUAUGAUUAUCGAAAUAAUUUGUUUGACUGGGAUUUACACAUGAAUCUCCAUCAUAUUGAUGGAGGGAAAAGGAUUACAAAUCAAGAAUACAUAUAUUGGCGAAACACUGGUGUAGCUUACACAUUUUUGGAGACAGAUUGCACUGAACCUAAUUAUACAUUUGCUUUAGCUUUAUUGAAUAAUGGUGAUAAAAUAAUGGCAAUGGACUAUUUUGGAGAUAUUAUAAACGGUCCUUUUCCAUCUUUUGGUUUACAUUGUGAAGACAAGGAUAUGUUAAAAAUAGGCAACAUGCAACCACUUAAACGUUCUGUAGAUUUGACGGAGAGAAACUUAACAAGGAUGUUCUAUGAAAUUGAAAAUCAAAAGCCUUAUGAACACAAAGGCAAAGCUGACAACCUAGGACUUAUUAUUACUGAAUUGCCUAAUAUAGAAAUCAAAGAAUUACAAACUUCAACUCAAUUUAAAAUUAAAACUGAACAUUAUUCUAGUAUUAAUGUGAAUAAUGUGGAAAUUAACUUUAUUACUCGAACAGCUUUAAAUUAUCCAGUACAUGAAAGAUAUAAAAACUGUUUUGAUGUAAUGUAUUGCGGUCAUUCAUUUUUUGAAAAAAUGAAUCCCAACAUAGUAUCAAUGAUUAAAGAAAAAGGUAUACUAUUAAUGGAAACUCGAAAAUUUAUUGUGAACUAUAAAGAAAAACAGCACAAUGAAUUCAAACAAAAAUUAAUAAAUUUUAUAAAAGACUGUAAUUGUGAACCAUUAGAAGAGAUUGAUGUUAUUAAAAACGCUGUAAUUAAGUUUAAUGUACGACAUAAUGUAAUAUAAUAGUUUAUUUUUAA